UCGUGACGAGAAUAUAAAGCACUUUCUCGCUUCAAGUCACAGUUUAUUACAAAAAGAAGUACUUUGGCUCGUCAUAAUGGGGUCUGAAGUUGAUUGUUCCGGAGUAUCGAGAGCAGUUUGGCUUGUGAAGGUACCAAAAUAUCUGUCUAACAUUUGGAUGGACAACACUGAUGCUUCUGGAAUCGUGGGAAGUCUUCAGAUAAGCAACAAUCCUCAGAGAAAUGAGGUGGCAUUUAAUCUGUCAGAUGCAUUGGCAAAUAAGGAAGACAACUCCAACAAAGAUGGCCAAGACAGUACAAAUAAAGACGGAAAAGACAGCUUCAAGGUUCCCAGGGAGUACAAGAUGGUUUUAUCUAAAGUCGAACAGUCAAUGGGAGUGUUUUCAGAAGGACCAGGAGCCUCAGUGGAAGAUGAUGAAGAAGAAAAAAAACCCAAAAAAAGUCAGGUCACUAUUGAAGGAGUACUUGUACAGAAAGCUGACUGUCGGCCAAUUCAGCCUAGUGCUGACUACCUGAGUUUGAAAAAGAGGACAAUUGUUAAUAAAAGUAAAUCAGGACGGCAAGCCAUACAGGUUGACCGUGUUAUUAAAUAUCGUCCAGUGUCUGACCACAAGGCUAAUAUUGAACACGAAAAGAAAAAGAAAGAAGAAGGAAAGAGAGCUCGAGAAGAUGAGGAUGUUGUCAAAGCGUUGCUUUUCAAUGCAUUUGAAAGACAUCAAUACUAUAACUUGAAGGACCUCAUAACUAUCACAAAACAACCAGUGGCAUAUCUAAAGAGUAUAUUGAAAGAGAUUGGACAUUAUAACACGAAAAAUCCUCACAAAAAUAUGUGGGAGUUAAAGCCUGAGUACAGACAUUACAGCAACAAGAACAGCGAUGAUAAUGGAAAGGAAGGAACAAGUUCGUAAACAAAUUUAGCCAUUUAGACUCACGUGCAAGCGACAAGAGGUGAGGGCCCCAACAGCGUAGAUGCAACGGGAUCUGAAAAAAGCUCAAGAGACAUCUGAAGUAUGGGCAGUUGUUUUCCGUUGCAGGCCUCGUCUACGCAGUGUUUAUAUUUUAAAAACGCAACACAAGUUUUCCGUUUUCACAGGAAAACGGAUUUUUAAAACGUUAUUGUCAACUCUUCAGUGAGCCCACCGGCGGCUCGAACGCUUGAAUGUACCUUCGAGCAUGCCCACAACGAUCAUCUAAUUCUCCCGGGAAUCAUUACAAAGAGCAGGGACUUUCGUAAUUUCAGAACGUGCCGUUUUCAGUGGAUAAUUUGUCCAGUUUAGUCUAGGCAAUACGGCCAACCGAAUGAAAAUAAAGGUGUGUUUUCAGA